CGAUUGCCCUCACUUGCUUUGGGUACUAUGAAACUGGCGAAACGAAGCACAUCGGUCGUCGUGUCUGCGGCGCUGAAGAAAGGCAUUGACGCUAUCGAUACCGCGCCGACCUACAACAACGAAGAGGAGAUUGGCGCUGCGCUCGCCCAUCAAAAGUUGAAACCAUUUAUUAUAGUUAAAGUUCCAAAACGAGCGACCCUUCCGGCCCAGGUGAGAGAUGAAGUUCUGCUCAGUCUUCAAAAGCUCGGUCGAGAGUUCGUUGAUUUGAUACUUUUGCACUGGCCAUGCGAUGCUAUUGAAGCAGAUUCACUUUCAAGCGUAUGGAAGGAACUCGAGCAUCUUCAAGCCAAAAAAUAUUGUCACUUUCUGGGAGUUUGUAAUUUUUCCAUUGACGCCCUUCGCACCCUGAUCCCACUAUGCAGUCCGAAUGGGAGACCUAUUCUAAACCAAAUCGAGCGUCACCCGCUGCUACCCCAGUGGGAAUUGCUUGAUUUUUGUGCUAGGCACGGAAUUCAACUUCAAGCCCAUUCACCGCUCGGACAGGGACGGUCAGAGGUAUUGGAACAACACGUUGUCGUCGAUAUUUCCAAAGCGACUGGUCUUUCACCGGCACAGGUUGUCUUGAAAUGGAACUUGCAACACGGUAUCGCAGUGGUUACGAAAAGCACCUCUGAUGCUCAUUUAUCCCAG